CUCUCCUCUCCCCUCCCCUCCUCUCUCCUCUUUUCCCUUCCACCACCUCUCUCUCUCCCUCUCUCUCUCUCCCCCAGCUUUUGUUUCGCCAUGCCUAGUCUAGUGGUAUCUGGAAUAAUGGAAAGAAAUGGGGGCUUUGGAGAACUAGGAUGUUUCGGGGGAAGCGCUAAGGACCGAGGGCUGCUGGAAGACGAGCGCGCCCUUCAGCUGGCUCUCGAUCAACUCUGCCUCCUGGGUUUGGGGGAGCCCCCCGCCCCCACGGCAGCGGCCCCCGCGGCGCAGACGCCCCAGCCCCCCACGGCCCCCAAAGGGGCGAGCGACGCCAAGCUCUGCGCUCUCUACAAAGAGGCCGAGCUGCGCCUGAAGGGCAGCAGCAACACCACGGAGUGUGUCCCCGUGCCCACCUCCGAGCACGUGGCCGAGAUCGUGGGGAGGCAAGGCUGCAAGAUUAAAGCACUGAGAGCCAAGACCAACACCUACAUCAAGACACCAGUGCGGGGCGAGGAGCCCGUGUUCAUGGUGACAGGACGGCGGGAGGACGUGGCCACAGCCCGGCGGGAAAUCAUCUCAGCAGCUGAGCACUUCUCCAUGAUCCGCGCCUCCCGCAACAAGUCAGGUGCUGCAUUUGGUGUGGCCCCCGCUUUGCCGGGGCAGGUGACUAUCCGUGUGCGCGUGCCCUACCGCGUGGUGGGUCUGGUGGUAGGGCCCAAGGGCGCAACCAUCAAGCGCAUCCAGCAGCAGACCAACACGUACAUUAUCACGCCGAGCCGGGACCGCGACCCGGUGUUUGAGAUCACGGGCGCCCCGGGCAACGUGGAACGUGCGCGCGAGGAGAUCGAGACACACAUCGCGGUGCGCACAGGCAAGAUCCUGGAGUACAACAACGAGAACGACUUCCUGGCAGGGAGCCCCGACGCGACUCUGGACAGCCGCUACUCAGACGCCUGGCGGGUGCACCCCCCGGGCUGUAAGCCGCUCUCAACCUUCCGGCAGAACAGUUUAGGCUGCAUCGGCGAGUGUGGUGUGGACUCUGGCUUUGAGGCCCCGCGCCUGGGCGAGCAGGGCGGGGACUUUGGCUACGGAGGGUACUUGUUUCCCGGCUACGGCGUGGGAAAGCAGGAUGUGUACUAUGGCGUGGCCGAGACCAGCCCCCCUCUGUGGGCGGGCCAAGAGAAUACCACGCCCACCUCGGUGCUCUUUUCUUCCACCUCAUCCUCCUCAUCCUCCUCUGCCAAGGCCCGCGCUGGACCUCCAGGUGCGCACCGCUCUCCUGCCACCUCUGCAGGGCCUGAGCUGGCUGGACUCCCGCGGCGCCCGCCGGGAGAGACGCUCCAGGGCUUCUCUAAACUUGGCGGGGGCGGCCUGCGGAGCCCUGGCGGCGGGAGAGAUUGCAUGGUGUGCUUUGAGAGCGAGGUGACUGCCGCCCUUGUUCCCUGCGGGCACAACCUGUUCUGCAUGGAGUGUGCCGUACGCAUCUGCGAGAGGACGGACCCGGAGUGUCCCGUCUGCCACAUCACAGCCACGCAAGCCAUCCGAAUAUUCUCCUAAGUCCUCUGCCCCUUGUCUCCUGGGCCCAUUCCCCAGGGGUCAACCCUGGACCUGUUUUCCAUUAGGGUCUUGGAAAUCAGUGAUUUGAGGGG